AUGACUAUUCGAUCGGCAACGGAAGUGCGUACGGCGGAGGAUAAGGCAGAUUAUGUUUAUAUUUCGCACGCAUUCUGCGAGAUGAUCACGUGGGCCACCAGCAGCAGCGAUUCUGAGGCGGAGGAGGAGGAAGAGGAAGUAAAGGAGGAGGUGUCGUCGUCCAACGAAGAGCUGCUGCGUUCGCCGCAUGCAAGAGUGUGA